AUGUCGCAUGAAAUGUCAACACAGCACGCAACCCGCGUAGGGGCGAGACCAUUCAAUCACAAUCAGUCCCAGGCCGCCGAAGAAGAGUACGACCGGUUACGGAAUCUGGCACGCCAGGAGGCCUCCAACCGCGCUGCCUGUCUCCAACGAUCCCAAGAAGCAUAUGCAAACGGCGACGGAGCAGCUGCGCAUGCGCUGUCGCAGGAAGGCAAGGAGCAUGGGGCGAAAAUGGAAAUGUUCAACAAGCAGGCCUCCGAGUUCAUUUUUCGCGAAAACAACGCCGACGGACGAGCUGCUGCCGAUACGAUCGACUUGCACGGACUGUAUGUGGACGAGGCAGAGGAGAUUCUCGAAGAGAGGAUUCGAUAUGCGCAAAGCCAUGGCCAAACACAUCUUCACGUAGUGGUCGGGAGGGGCAACCAUUCUCCUGACCAUGUGCAGAAACUCAAACCCCGUGUCGAGCAAAUCUGUCGGGAGCUGGGCUUGCAAUAUCACACUGAGUCGAACGAAGGCAGAAUCUACAUCAAGCUGGACGGCAGCCCUGUCGAGAUGCAGCAUGUGAGCAAAUGGGACGGCUACCAGACACAUCCAGGUUAUCAGCAGCCACCUUGGCAUCCUCAACAUGCUCAACAACAGCCGCAGCAUUACCAAGCUGCAGGCGAGGGACAAUACGGGGAAGCGGAGAAGGUGGCCCGGGGACUCCUAUCCAGACUCAUCAACAAACUCUUGCGCAUGUUGUGUGGUUGA